GCGCCCCGUGUUGACAAUGGAGAAAAGUGGCCCGGCUGCAAUCGCUCCCUCGGCCUCGUAAGCUCGCUCUAACUCGAAUGAAUGAGUUUGCUGAACGUGCCGAUCCCUGACAAUCGACUUGUCCCCCCAUCACCGUUGAGAGCCGCUUGUCAGUGAAAACAUCGCCGCUUCAGAGGUCGACGACGUAGGCGGUUGUCCUCUCACGCCGAGGCGAAGACGGCGGCGGCGGCUGCAGGUGGCUUCUUCUCUAAAGCUCCUCAGUUCGCGCCCCCACUUAACGACGACUACAGCCGAAUGGCUUCACGAGUUUGCCGCGCCGGCCCCUGCACGGUCGCGAUGUACAUUGUCGAGUGUUUGAGCGAGAGGCCAUGGGGUAGAAGGACCGGAGGUGGAGAAGGAGGAGGAGGACUCCAUGCAAUGUCCAUGAAGUCGAAGGAGACGCGCAUUUGCCUCGGCAUCAAGACGCGGCGAACCACCCUCGCGUCCUUCGCUGUCGAUGGCCGUAGCCGCCCGGCUGCCCGCGUCUGACAACGACGACGGUGCCUGCCACCACCACCACCUGGGCACCACGAAGGCCCUCAAACCCCUCGGCGGUGCCUGCCACCACCACCACCUGGGCACCACGAAGGCCCUCAAACGCCACAUCGGAGGUGUCGCGUCCACCACCCCUUGGGAGGCCCAGAAAUAAGGAGCGGUGCCGUCCACCAAGAAACUCUCCCCCAUCCUCCCUCGCACUGCAGCCGCUCGGAUGGCCUCAAGAGAGGGCGGCACCGUGCCGUCCGCCAAGCGAAAGGCAUCGGCGGUGAUUGCCAGCGGUGUCUCCAAGAAGCCCCGAACUAGUCGCACCUCUCAGGCUGAAUUGACCGUGGUGCAACGCACGGACAACGACAUGCUCGUGAUCGAGACGAGCUGGAGCGGAUCGGUGCUAAGCGGCAGGAGGAGGGUGAGCGCCGGUGCCAAGAAGGGUGCGAAGAGCAAGAACAGCGGCGGCAAAGGGAAGAAGUUGAAGACGCUUGCCAAGAGAAAGCACGUCAAGAGCACGGCCUCCAAAAGAGCAGAGACGAGCGAUAAUUCGAGCAAAUUUGUGUUGGAGGGCGGCAAGGCCGGAGCCUCGGGUUCCACAAGAGAACCUAUGGGGGAGGAAGACGUGGGCUGGGGGACGCUUCUACCCGAGGCGGUGCUCAUCAUGAUUUUCCAGUGCGUCGUGGACGGGGACGGUCCCGUCCCGUUCCUCUGCAGGGCGGCGCGCGUUUGCUGGCUGUGGCGCGGCGCCGCGGAGAGCCCUGUACUAUGGCGCCGGGUGCAGAUCUCGCGCUGCUGUGUGGAGCCGCAGCUGAUGGGUCGCUCCUCCUCCAAGAGCCAGAUUAAAAGCACCCUCUCCUGGCUCGUCUCAAACAGGCUGUCUCUGAUGCAGGAGUUUCAGCUGAGUGGCUGGAAUGACCAGGAGAUGGUGGACUACGCCGUGCGGGUUGUGAGCUCGGAGUGCCAGCAGCUGUCGUGCGUGCGCCUCAAUCGCUGCGCCAAGCCGGGCAACGAGACGCUGCUGCUGCUCGGCCAAUCCUGUGCCGGACUACACAGCCUGGACCUCAAGGACACCAGCGUGGAGAUAUCUUCUGCCGUCGCGUUUCUGGAGGCUGCUGGCGAUCGCCUACAGAGGCUGUGGCUCACAGCAUCGAACAACCUGAACGGCAUCUUCACAGCCAUUUCCAGCAACUGCCCGGCACUGCGUGUGCUGGAGGUGGACACGCGGAUGCCCAUGAGCCCCGAGAUGUCGGCCCACAAGCUGCCCACGCUCAGCUUCCCCUUCACGCGACUCCAGAAUGGCUGCCCGCACCUGCAGGUUCUGCGGCUGAUGAACAUGUGCAUAACGCCAUCGGGCCGCGUGCAACCGGACCAGGACACGGGCGGCUUCCCUGAGCUCCAGGAGCUCAGCCUGGCCACUAUGGACCGCUCCUCCAUGGCGGACACCACCCUGUGGCAGCUGCUGCACCGCUCGCCCCGGCUGCGGCUGCUGGACCUGCGCGGCUGCCCCUCCAUCACGCCCAAGUGCCUGCUGCAGCUGCCCUGCUACGACCUCGAGGAGCUGUACCUGGGCCUGUACCUCGGCACGGCAUGCGAGGCGCGGCUCAAACGCGACGUGCAGCUUGUGCUCGCUCGCUGGGCCCACAGCCUCUCGGCGCUCGACGUCAACUCCCAGCCCUGCCGAGAGGCCGAGCUGGAGGAGGGCCUGUUCAGUCUGGCGGUGCCGCGCGCGGCCAGUCGCCUCGAGACACUCAACCUCGCGGGCACCGUGGCCACCGUCGCCGGGGUCAGUGCCGUGCUCCGGCACUGUCCUCGGCUGUCGUCUGUGAACCUCACGUCAUGCCGGAAUCUACCGCGGGGGCUCAAGAGGCUGCACCGCACCCCGGCCGAGCUGCAGGAGUUGCGGGAGAGGCUCUUGCCAGGCCCCGCGGAGUCCGGUGACACGGUGCCGUGAGCUCUGCGCGAGGGCUCCCAUUCAUUAUCCGCACGUCACCCAUCCAACGUCUCAUCAGACUUUCCCUUGCUGCCUGCCCACAUGCAUAUGCACUCAGGAUGAUGAGGUUUCGAUAAAAUAUAUUGGAUUUUUAGGGGCAAUUUUGGAUCGUGUUAUGGAAUUUUUAGAUCAUGCAAUUUAUUUAAUAGUCUUUGUCCUAACACAGGUGUCGCACGAUGCCACGUGGUUUGGUUCUGGAUCGAGUGGGCCGGCUCAAAGCCACGCUUAACUUGAGGUAACUCUGAGCAUGGUCUUAGCUGUGCUCAGGAUUCCCACGAGUUGAGACUCAGCCAAGCCAUGGCCGAGCCACUCGUGUCUUUGGAAUACAGAAACUAUUGUUUGCCUCGAUGCAGUUCGAUUACACUCCAUCUGUGGUGCUCAUGAGAACUAAAAUGAGGUUUUGUACCUUUGUAAAACUUUUUUUUUCAGUAAAUUCCACCGUUGACCGGUGUUAUUAUUUACAUUUAGCAAUAUCCCGCAGAGCUACAAGACAUAUGCAGAGAAGGCUCUUUGGAGGCGGGCCUCAUGUGUCUACCUCCGGCACCUGACUUACAAUGCCGCACUGUCUUUUUAGCGGAGCACAAAAGUCCAGGGUAGAGGGAGGGAUAAUGGCUCCCCCACCAAGCCCCAAUAUGAGAGCCUGGUCCUUGGUAGAGGUGGGAUAGUGUUAAUUAACCCCACGACAAGAGGAAAGGGAUUUAUACACUGGCACUUGUUCUACCUUCGCUGGAAUUCUACUUUCUUAGCUAAUGGUGGCACGAGCCUAUGCUGCAUCCGAUCAUACAGUGCAGAGACGGAAGUGAGGGGUUGUGGGUAGAGUGUGGGUUAAGUCAGGUGGUGAGGGUAGGGCACAUGAAGCCUGCAUCCAAAGAGCCUUCCCUGCAAACAGAUAUUGCUAAAUGUACAGAAUAAGAAGACCAGUGUACGGCGGAAUUGUAAUGGGAAAACGCGUCUCGUAUGUUAUGGGCAGGGCAAUCGCAGUCCGGGCACUGGGGAGUUUGGUGCCCUACUGCGUUUAGAGGUGGCGGAGGAGGCGGUGGUCUCCCAGGUGCCUCGCUUUGUGUAUCUACGUGGCGCCCACUGGUGCUAUCGGGGCCACGUUACCCGGUGGAGGUGUUCUCUCAUCAAGGUUUGAGGCUUGUGGAAGGGGCCCAGCUUUGAAAGGACCGGGAUCCAUCCUCCAUGGUGCUAUGACCCCCAUCGUCAAAAGACCUGCCUGCCUAUUUUUCUGCGCAUGUAUGUUUAACAUAACGCGAAGGCGUGCUGCUCACAAACAGCAGAGAAGGCACGACUCCCAUCGUGGCUUCCAUGCUUUGGCAUGUGACCACCACAUUGUAAAACGCACUCGGCCCUUGCGGUUUGUGAGCGGCAACACUUUUGGAUUUUAAUUCUCCUGCAAACUGCUCCCCGGAUUCACCUUUUGCAGGAAAUCAGUGUUGCAGUGUUGCCUCCUGUUUGAGGCCACAAACACGAAGACGAGUGUAAAGUGUAAAGUUCGUCCUUGCAGAUACUCUGAUAUUUCCUGUCAAUGGGUUUGUGUUUCCCCAUGACCCCUUUGUUGGCACAGUGACUGUGUUGGUCCCAAGGUGACCCCCGUGGAGCAGUUGUGAAGUGCUGUCCAGUAGUGACGGCGCCCCAGGUGGCAAGAUGUCAACUACCUCGCCUGGUAUACAGGAGGUCGUGGAUUCGAUCCCGACCAUGACGCCGGUAUAUUUGGAGUUUGCAUGCCUCCCCGUGGUCGAAUGGAUUUUUCUCCUCCACAUUUAGACUCAACAUGCAUUGAGUAUUUUGCUGCUAUAAUUUUCCACACGAUAAGCCACUUCGUCUAGCUAUCGUUUGUGCCAAGGUCGCUUCUGAAAAAGAGCUACAUAGCUCAGUGGGCCUUACCUGGUAAAAUAAAAAUAGUUUAGUUUUUUUACAAUGUCAGGCUGUUCCCUAAACCUCAUUAAGGCCUCAUCGUCUUCGCUUUUAUGCUUUUACAUGUAAGAAUUGGGUCCUGUGGGAUUAUGGUGCUCAAUAUUGUUUGUAAUGGAUACAUUUGCAUUUUUUAAUGGUUACUGUGUUUUGAUCGAUGGGCUAAAACAUAAAUUUGUACGAAGCCAACUAAAAAAAUUUGUGUAGUGUGUCAUGUUUGAUGUAAAACAAAAAAACUUGGAUACAUGUUUGCCGUUACUUAUCAUCACAAUAAAAUAUUCAACGAUG